AAAAUGAAAAUAAUUAUUUUUAUUUUUCUAUUUAUUUGUCAAUAUUUUAUCCCAAAUUUAUCAAAUAAAGUAAUAACUCCACUUAAAGAAUUACAUAUUGGAGCAUUUUUUCCAAUGGAAUCUGGGUCUGCCGUACAAAUGGCAUUAGAAGAUGUGAAUCUAGAUUUGGGUUUAUUACCCAAUUAUGCACUUAGAUUACAUCACAAUAAUAGUAAAUGUUCUCCUGGUUUAGCUGCUCGACAAUUAUUUGAAUUACUUUAUAAUGACCCAACAAAACUAAUUUUAUUAGCAGGAUGUUCCCCAGUAACCACAAUGAUUGCAGAAUCUGCACAUGUUUGGAAUUUACUUGUUUUAUCCUAUGGAGCAUCAUCCCCAGCUUUAUCAAAUCGAGAACGUUUUCCAACACUUUUUAGAACACACCCUUCAGCAAAUAUGCAAAAUCCGACUAGAGUUCAUUUAUUUGAACGUUUUAAAUGGAAAAGAAUAACAAUAUUACAAUCAGCUGAAGAAGUUUUUGAUUCGACAGCUAAAGAUUUGGAGGAGCAAUGUAGAGAAAAGGGGAUUAGAGUUGAAAGGCACAGUUUUUAUGGAGAUCCAAAAGAUGCUUUAAAGGCAAUUAGAAGGCAGGAUGCUAGAAUUAUUGUUGGACUUUUUUAUGCUACCGAAGCACGUCGAGUUCUCUUUUGGUUUAUGAUUGGUUGGUAUGCAGAUACUUGGUUUAUUCCACAUCCAGAUGAAGGAUUAAAUUGUACAAGAAAAAAUAUGGAACAGGCUGUUCAAUAUCAUUUUACAACAGAAUCUAUUAUGUUAAGUAGAGAUACUUUACCGACAAUUUCUGGAAUGACUGGGGCACAAUUUUUAAAACGUUUACGUCGUCGAAUAAUUACCGACCCGCAAGAGACAGGAGGGUGGCCUGAAGCACCUUUAGCAUAUGAUGCUGUUUGGGCGCUAGCUUUAAUGUUAAAUUGUACAAUGGAUAAAUUAAUUAACGGGAAAGGACUUCAACAAUUUAAUUAUAAAAAUAAAUUAAUUGCUAAAAGAAUGUUUGAAUGCAUGAAAAAUAUACAAUUUAGGGGUGUUUCUGGGCAAGUAAUGUUUAGUGAUUUGGGAGAUAGAAUUGCUCGAACACAAAUUGAACAAAUGCAGAAUGGAAAAUAUAUUCUUCUUGGUUAUUAUGAUUCAAGUACCCAAACUUUAGAAUGGAAAAAUAAAGAAAAGUUUAUUGGAAGUAAAGGGCCUCCCUCUGAUUCAACAAGGAUUAAACAAUGGCCUAUUGGAGUUGAUUAUAGAUUAUAUUUGGUUUGUGUAAAUAUAAUGGUUGUUGCUAUUGUUUUUUGUAUUUCUAUUUUUAUUUUCAAUCAACGAUACUCACAUAGACGAAUAAUAAUUCAAUCACAAAGACAAUGCAACAAUUUAUUAAUUGCUGGGUCUGUCCUAAGUUUAUUUUCACUGGCACCUAUUGGAUUUCCACAAGACGGAGCUAAUGAUGAUUCUAUCGGACAAAUAGCUACUUUAGGAGGAGAAAAUAAAAUUUAUUCAACUUCUCCGUUUUUAUUUAGUACUUUUUGUCAUUUAAAAUUGUUAUUGUUAAUGAUGGGAUUCUCUUUGGCAUAUGGCUCGCUUUUUGCUAAAGUUUGGGUUGCACAUAAACUUGGCUCUAUCCAAAAGAAUAGACAAAUGACUGCUGCUAAUGCUAAUAAUAACAAUGAAGAAUCCUCAGAUGCUGGUGCUUGUAGUAAUAUUCAAUUAAAUUCCCAACAAAUUCCCCCUACUCCCUGGGAUUCUAUUAGAACAUUAUUAACUGCAAUAACAAAUAAACAGGCUAUUGUAGCCAAUGCUUUAAGGAAAAUAUCUCAACAUUCUUAUGGAAAUUUAUCUUCAGCAAGUGCUGGAAGUAAAUCACCGGCCCCAAAUAGAAGAAAUAUAGCUAUGUUACAAACAUCUUUGUCUGUUAAUUUAUUAAAUUUGGAACCCCCAAUUGGGACAGAAUUAGAUAUUAUGUUACUUCCAGUACUUGAUUUAUGUCAAAGUCAAUAUCAUGAUGUUUGGACUGCAAUACUUCUCUCAUAUAAAGGCUUACUUUUAUUAUUAGGCCUUUUUCUUGCUUAUGAUACUAAACAUUUGAAAGUUAGAUAUUUAAAUGAUUUGAAUUCUACACUACUUUCUGUUUGCAAUGUUGGUGUUCUUUGUCUUCUUUGUGGCACAAUUGUUGUAUUCUUCCUCAGAACCCAACCCAAUCCUUUUUUCUGUUUUAUUUCCAUAACUGUUUAUGUCUGUACAUUUGUAAGUAUUGGACUUAUUUUUGGGCCAAAACUUUUAUUUAUUUAUCGAAAUCCACAUUCAACAAAAGAAGAGGAAGAAGAAGAACAACAAUAUCAAAAACAAAAUACUUUCCACGAAUCUUCAAUUAAUCAGGCUGAACAACAUAGAUAUCAACAAUUAUUAAAAGAAAAUAUGGAAUUGAAAAGACAAAUUGAAACUAGAAAUAUUCGAAUUCAAGAAUGUAGACGUAUAUUGGAGAAUCAAUUAGUAUUGAGCAGUCCAAGAGUUAAAUCAAAUCGAAAAUUUGUUCCUCAAACUAACAACAAUAAUACUGCAGCAAUUUCAUCCUCUAUUACUAUUGAAUAUACAAGCUCUAGUUGUUUACCAACAACUUCAAGUGGAGUAGGGGGAAUGGGAGGAAAUGGAGGGAUUUUAUUAGAAUUAGACCAAACAACAAUUUCGAGCGUAAUAGAGCCAACAAUGAUUACAAUAUUAGAUCAACAACAAGAACUUUCGACAAUUGAAAUGGAACAAAGUUGUGAUAUUACUGAAGAGGAAUUACCUCUUAUAGAAAAUGUAAAAAGGAGAGAAGAAAGAUCUCCUGUUGUUGGUGGAGGGGGUGAUACUGGUGUUUGUAGUGAUUAUGAUGAAGAUGAAGAAAAUUAUUUAAAUAAAAGAAAGUCAGUCUUACAAAAUAAUUCUAGGGAAUCAUUAAAUAAUAAAGAAGGUGAAGAUGAGGAGGAGGGGGAAGAAGAAAUACUUUUAUAA